UAAUGCUUGAAAACAUUGUUUCUACAGUAUAACGUAACUCAAAUGCUCGUACAAUGAUUUUAUUAAUCAUUUUGCUAUCUACAAGAAUUCUAUUAGGAUGUGUUACUAUGAAAGUGGUAUAAGUCAAAAAUAAAAACAUUCAAAUUUUCAUUUGCAUUAUUUAUAUUUCAGUAGUACGAAAGAGUUCUUAGCUUUACCACUGAACUACUUUCAUAAUGUCCGCCGCACGUAAGAAUGGGAAAGUGAUACAAGCAGUUUAUGGUCAGACUGCUAAGUAUAAUUAUAUGUCUACGGUUAGAUUGUUAAGUUAAUCACUUUCUGGAUCUACAGUUAAAGUUCAUCUUGCUCUAAAGAUCAAAGUUUAUGUAAUCAAAACGAUAGUAAGAUUUUACAUAGACAAAACCCUAAUGAAUUCAAUUUUAACGAUAAUAUAAUAUUUUCACGUUCGUGUUUUAUUUCAAAUCGGCUACCAAUUUUUCCAAUCAUCUAUAUUAUAUGACAUUUAAUGAUAAAAUCACACGAUUCUCAAAUUAUGUAUUUCGUAACGAAAAACAGUCUUCAAGGAUGAUUAUGAUAAAAUUAUCUGUCAUGUGAAUAGCAGACAACGAUAUAGAAAAGAUAUUUAGGUAGCUUGUUUUAACUGCAAUUGCUACGCCAUAAUUCUUGAACUUGGAACCUUGUGCAGUCUUUACAGAUAGUAGAGAAUGUUGUUACCAAAUCAAGUGUGAAAACGAAACAAUGAAACCAGACACGAAUGGCUUUAACGAUGGAUCAUGGAAUUUAAGGGCGUUCGUGAGGAGCAGUUGUUCAACUUAAAACGAAUUCACGUUCACAUGAUCAUUAACAUUCAUCAAUAUGCCUUUUUUAAACAAGAUUUGUAUAAAAAUCCCAUAUACGAUUCAACUUUGGGAUUGAAUUGGGAUUGGGACUAUACGAUUCAACUUUGGGAUUGAAUAUCUCGACUUUUAAUACCGUAACGAGUAUUCAGUUUUCGAGGACAUAUAAAAGACACUUAAAUUAAUAUUUAUUGUAAGUUUAGAAAGAAAUUGAACGACAUGAAUUGUUAUGCGAACGUCCUUGAACUUGAAACCCUUUGCAGUCCUCGUAGGUAGUAGAAAAUGUUGUUACCAGCCCAAGCGUGGAAACCAAACGAUGAAACCGGGUAGGAAUCGCUUUAAGGGUGGGUCACGGAUGGCGCCACGGUGAAGGCGGCCACCCCCGCCGUGCGAGGGUGGGCGAAACGAGGCGCGGCGUGGCGAGAGCUGGAAAUUCACCCCCUGUGAUCGCGAAUCCGCCACCAACGGAGUUUGGAAAGUCGCCAUUUCUGCCUAACUAACUCCGCAGUCGCUACAAUCCCUACGGUUUAAUGCCAAUGAAAUGUCAAGGCACGUCGCGCGUUAUAGACUCGCCGACGUUGUCGAGCAGUUCGGUGACAUCGUAAACCCGGUGGAUCGUCACGCUGUCGUCGCGGGUCCUCGGGACCUCGUUGCUCGCGCUCGUACUCCGGCUCCUGCUGGUGUUCGCGCCCGUGCCCGCUCCACUCGUGCUCCCACCUGUGUUCGUGAUCCUCGCGUUUUGCAACCGUGCCCGUGGCCGUGCUCGGUGUAUCCGGAGCCGCGACUCGAGCAAGCUCGCUCCUGCCGUUUGAACGUCGAACUGCGUGCGAGGAAAACGGAACGAGGACGAGGAUAGAAAAGAGGUCGAGGCCUAAGUAAAGUGGUGAACCGAAACCCUUAUUCCUGAGUGAUUCCCUGACCUUGACACUCGCGACGAGACCCGGUCCGUCGACGAGGGUAGUUGUUAUUCGGCUACGUUUGUGCUAACGGUAAACGGGGGGAGCAGGAGGCCGCGAGUACAACCGCCUGAAUUCUGGCGGAACAGAGAGAGCCCUUGAUCAAAGUCUUAUAUGCUACGAACGACGGUCAGGUAAAAGAAAUCGUUCGUCGGAGACCGCCGCCGAAUCGGUUCACGAUGAGCGAGCAGGAUGUGGACGACGUCGCUUUUCUGACAGGAGACAGCAACACGGGACUGCACAAACGUAGUAUUUACGAGCACAGCGGAAUUGUGUGUUCACAAAAGAGAGCUCUCUGCGUAGCCACCGUCGUCUUUGCGAUCCUUUUCGCCAUAUCACUCAUCAUUGCCUUCGCGGGACCACAAAAUGACUGCCCUUGCGCUGGAGAGAAGCCAGCCAACCUGGAAAUCGAGGACGAUGAAAAAAGCAGCGAGCCUCUCGCAACUAAUGGGGAGGUAUUUCCUUGGAACAACGUGCGGCUGCCUACGUUCGCACAUCCUACUAGGUACAAUAUUACCAUCCAUCCAAAUCUUACCACAUUAGAAGUUAAAGGACAGGUCACUAUCGAGUUCUAUGUCGAUAAAGAGACCAACUAUAUCGUCUUCCAUAGUAAGAAUUUGACAAUAAACGAGAAAAAAAUCGUUCUUCAGAUGGUUCAAGACCGCAAAGGUCACAGGUUAAAGAUAGCGAAAUUGUUGGAGUAUCCAAAGCACCAACAACUGUAUCUAGAACUGGAGGAGAGUAAAUUUCGUAAAAGGGGGAAUUAUACGGUGCACUUGAGGUUCAUUUCGAAACUAACGAGCGAGCUCGAAGGGUUCUACCUUAGCAGCUACACCACCCCGGAAGGAGAAAAGAGGUAUCUCGCCACGACUCAUUUCGAACCUACGUACGCUCGAUCGGCAUUUCCCUGCUUCGAUGAGCCACAGUUCAAAGCGAAGUUUAAGGUUUCGAUAUUUAGGGAUAGAUUUCAUAUUGCGCUAUGCAAUAUGCCUGUCAUGAAUACUGAGGACGCGGGAUUUUACAUGGGCACGGGACUUCUUCGCGAUGAUUUCCAAGAGUCUGUGGAAAUGUCGACGUAUUUGGUAGCUUUCGUGGUAUGCGACUUCAAACGGAUCUCCGAGUUAACGAAAAGAAAUAUUUCCGUAAGCGUUUACGCGGCAGAGGCGAUGCUUCCUCAAGCAAAAUACGCACUGACCACAGCUGUCCGUACGAUGGAUUACUUCGAAUCUUUUUUUGGCGUGCACUAUCCGUUGCCCAAACAAGACUUAAUAGCUAUUCCUGACUUCGCCGCUGGGGCGAUGGAAAACUGGGGCCUAAUAACAUACCGAGAAAUGUCCAUACUCUACGACCCAAAAGAGACAUCGACUAAUGCUCACGAAUGGGUGGCCGUGGUCGUUGCCCACGAAUUGGCCCACCAAUGGUUUGGCAAUCUGGUCACCAUGAAAUGGUGGAACGAUUUGUGGCUGAACGAAGGUGCAGCCAGCUUUUUGGAGUACAAGGGAGUGAACCAUAUCUCGCCCGAGUGGAACAUGAUGGAUCAGUUUAUAUUAGACAAAACUCAACCAGCCCUCGAUCUCGACGCGUUAGCCAGCAGUCACCCUAUAAGCGUCCCGGUAAAAGAUCCCAACGAGAUAGAGGCUAUAUUCGAUGAAAUCAGUUAUAGUAAGGGCGCUUCGAUCCUCAACAUGCUUGAGGGCUUCUUGUGCGAGGACGUUCUCAAAAGCGGGCUGAACGAAUACCUAAACUUGCACGCCUACGGGAACGCAGACACGAACGACCUUUGGGCGGUCUUUACCAAACACGCGAACAAUACUUUUGACGUGAAAGCUAUUAUGGAUACUUGGACUCAGCAAAUGGGUUUCCCACUGAUCACGAUUACGCGCAACGGAAAUACGAUAACAGCAACUCAAAAGAGAUUUCUAAUUUCCCCGAGAGAAAACGAUACAGACUUGUUGCGACCAAAGUCACCCUUUGACUACAAGUGGUACGUCCCGUUGAGCUACUACACAGACAAAGAACCGCGCAAGCUUCACAACGUGUGGAUGAAUUUAACCGAUGUAACCUUUGAGAUAUCAAGCACGGUAGAUACUGUGGCGUACAUAAAGUGCAACGUGAAUCAAAGUGGUUUUUACCGCGUAACUUAUCCAGAUGAGAUGUGGACGGCGAUUAUCGAAACGUUACUAAAAGAUCACACCAAGUUCAGUCCAGCGGAUCGUGCUAAUCUGAUCGACGAUGCGUUCACGCUUUGCGAGGCAGGCGAACUGAACGCUACCGUGCCUCUCGACCUGUCUCUUUAUCUUUUGAAGGAGGAAGACUACGUUCCGUGGGCUACGGCUCUCAGAUAUUUGCAUUCUUGGAAGGAGAGACUAAGCGAGAGUCCCGCUUAUAAAAAUUACACAGCCUUUUUGAAGAAGCUGAUAACACCGGUGACGAGAUACGUCGGAUGGGCGGACAGUGGAUCACAUUUAAAAAAAUUACUAAGAAUUGCCGUCCUUCAAUCAGCUGUGUCUGUGAAACUGGAGGAUGUUGUGAAACCGGCGAAGACUUUAUUCGACAAUUGGAUGUUGCGAAAUGAAUCAAUCGCUCCAAACAUACGAGACGUUGUAUACGUAGCAGGAAUCAAAUUUGGCGGGGAGAGAGAAUGGAACUAUUGCUGGCAGAACUAUCAGAAAACUCAGGUGCCCAGCGAGAAGAGAAUAAUGUUACAGGCGCUAGGAGCGACGACGGACACUUGGCUGUUACAGCGCUAUCUCUUACGAUCGUUGAAUCGAGAGAUGGUGCGAUCGCAAGAUGUCGAGACUGUUAUAGCGUCUGUCGCGACCAAUUCCGAAGGUCAAUUCCUUGCGUGGCGUCACCUCAAGGCGUAUUGGCCUCAGAUACACGCCUUAUUCGGGAAUGGAUCACUCACGAUGGGAGGACUCAUAUCUGUCGUGAUCUCCGACUUUUUCACGGAGUACGAUUACCAUGAGGUUUCGGAAUUCUUUAAAAACGUGGACGUUGGGAGCGGUCGACGGGCGUUAGAACAAAGCCUAGAAACAAUCAAGUUCAAUAUACACUGGGUGAAAGAGAAUGCGGACACCGUCGAUCGAUGGCUUAUAAACUAUUUGAACGUUCACACGAGUUAACCCCUCAUUUAUCGGGAAUGGGACAAGAAUGACGCGAAAUUAUCAUGCAGUCAUUCCAUAACGGCUCUUACUUUUCUCAUGCUGCUCGUCGAUACAUGAUAAUACAUUCGAAAUACGAAUUGUAUGUACUUUCAUAUAACGACGACUCGCUGUAGGAAAACGUAAGACAUUUGUUACUGUCUCUCUGAAUCGUUCAUUUACCAUUUAGAUAUACAUAUAUGUAUACAUGUAUGUAUGUGCAUGUAGAGGGUGUCUGAUUUUCAGUUACUUUACAUCAUUAUUAUGACAUGUAACAAAAAUAUGUAGAAGUAUGAUAUUAAUUUUUUUUUAAAUCAACCUUGUCUUUUAUAAAUGUAGUCAUCAACUAUUUUUACUACAUAUAAUAAUAACGUAAAUAAAAAGUGAAAAUCAGAUACCCUGCAUAAUUCACAGACCGAUUCCAUUUCCGUCAUAUACGCGGCAGAAGAUUAUUUCCACCGGCUGGAAGUCUUUCGAUGAAUCAAGGGUGUGUCCAAUCCCUUUUAGCGAUAGCAAAAAUAUUUAAUCUCCGAAAUUUUUGGCCGCGGGGAAAGAUCUUUUGAUUAAUCCAAACAGAGCCGAAUUGUUUAUACGUAACGCAUUAUACACCGAUUUCUACGCACUUUCGAAAGUAUUUGUUUACUAUACACGCGGUGCGUACAGAUUGGAUUUAUUACUAUUAGACUGCGGACUUUUAUGGCAAAAUAAAAUAUUUAUAGUAUCAACUGAAAAAAAUCGAUUUU